GUGACGCAUGGGAGCGUCGCAAGAGGACGUGAGAUGACAUCUUAGCUGAGUUAGUGGAGCCGGGUGGGCCGUGCUUUUCUGCGGGAUGUGUGCGGCAGCCGGCGCGCGGGUGAGGCCCGCAGAGUGACGGAACCGUGCAUUUCAGGUUGUUGUGUUGCUGGUUAAUAAAUAGUCUUCCAUAUCUGUGCUCCAUGAUCUGAGGCUUGGGAGAGCGGACACAUUUGACAUGAAGAUGGAGGCAGUUGGGAAAUGUGAAGAACUUUUAGAGUCUGAAGUGCCUUCUCGGGUCACUCAAAAGGUGGAUACACAGGCUGAUGGGAGUACGCUAGAGCUUGAGACUCCUUGUUUAAAAGAUGGUGUUCAGGAUGUUCCAGACUCUUCCGGGCUUUCCUCAAUGCCUUGUUUGCUGAUGGAAUUAAGAAGAGACUCUUCCGAAUCUCAGUUAGCCUCUGCUGAAAGUGACAAACAAACAGCUGGCAGAGUAUAUGAAAGUGACUCUUCAAACCACUGUAUGCUCUCUCCUUCCUCUAGUGGACAUUUGGCCGACUCAGAUACAUUGUCUUCCGCUGAAGAAAAUGAGCCACGCCGCACAGAAGCAAUAACAGAAGGCUGUGAUGCGGCUGUUCAAGGUGUUUCAGUAGCUCGAAAAUCCAGAAGGUCUCGAUCAGAGAGUGAAACAUCAACUAUGGCUGCUAAGAAGAACCGUCAGUCAAGUGACAAGCAAAACGGCAGAGUCACCAAGGUCAAAGGACAUAGAAGCCAAAAGCACAAAGAGAGAAUACGGCUUUUGAGACAGAAGAGAGAGGCAGCAGCACGCAAGAAAUACAACUUGUUGCAGGACAGUAGCACUAGCGACAGUGACCUCACCUGUGACUCUAGUACAAGCUCUUCAGACGAGGACGAAGUUUCAGGGAGCAGUAAGACAAUCACAGCCGAAUUACCAGAUGGCCCUCCUGUUGUAACACAUUAUGAUAUAUCUGACACCAACUCAGACCAAGAUGUGCUUAAUGUGGACAAUAUGCUUGCUGCUGCAGGGGUGAAGGACCAUAUCUCGCUUACCAACAAGGAACCAUUGGCUUCCUGGCGUACAAGAGGACUCCUCGAAGAACUGAAUGCAGAGUCAGUUCAACUGGAUCCAGUAUUAGCAGCUUGUGAUCUAAAACCUAUUACAGUGGCACAAAAAGAUGAAAUAAACAUUGCCUCAUCAGACAGUGAAGUUGAAAUUGUUGGUGUUCAGGAACAUGCAAGGUUUGUUCAUCCCAGAGGAGGUGUCAUACAAAGUGUGUCUUCCUGGAAACAUGCCGCCAGCUCUCAAUAUAUUAGCUCACACCAAACUCCAUCAUGGACAGCCCAACAGAACUGGGCUUCUCCUUCGGAAGUAGUUGAUCUAACUCUGGAUGAGGAUUCAAGGCGCAAAUACUUACUGUAAUAUUGGUCCCACUGUUUCUAUUUACUUCCUGUGGCACAAAUUUACCUUGUAAAAUUUCAGAUGCUCCCCACCAGGAGUCAUGGAACUUUUCUUUUCUAGAAGUUCUCAGCUAAUGAGCAAAUAGUUAUUAUUUUAAGCACAUUACAUUUUUUUAAUCUCUAUUAGACGGCCAACCAGAAAAAUAAAGACCUUGUCUGCUGCCUUUCCCGAUAUGACACCUACUCCAAAAACCAUCUUGAUAUUAAGCACUUUCCUUACCCCCUCUCUCUAUAUUAAUGAAUUUAAAUGCAUCAUUAAAAAUAAUAUAUGCAUAAGUAUAUUUAUACUGUUAUACUAGAAAGUAGGGUUAUUAAUGCUAUUCCUUAAGCACUUACACAGGACUUAGUUGCUUUCGUUUGAUUUAGAAGUUUUUGUUCAGGGAAUAAUUUACUCUGUUUUUUUGAGGACACCUGAUAUUCACCUUCAUAUUCUGUAGGACCUGAGCAUCUCUGACUUCUACAGAAGACAUCUCCUGACUCUGGUCAAAGACAAAGGUGUUCCACUAUAGGCCUUAUUGCAUUGUGGUAUCCUUGUGAUACAAUAUGUCUAAAAACAAAGACUAUUAAACAUAAAUGAGCAUUAGUUCACAGGAAAGAUGUACGCAAAUUGAAUUGUAUUUUAUGAAACACUGUAUGUAGUAUUGUUUUAUAAUACAGGAUAUUUAUUUGAAAUUGGUUGGAGUCGUUCCAUACCUGAUCUGCUGAUUUGUUCACGUUUUAUCUCGCUAGCAUAUUGCAACAUUACCUUUUAGAUUUUGAUGUCCUAUAAGUGCUUGUACGGGAAGGACCCAUAAUAAGACUAGUGCCAGGUAAAUGAGUAUCAGAAGAGCAAGAGGUAUUUAAAACGUUGGUCAGUUGUUAACCAAAUAGUUAUCCAACCACUGACUUGCAGGAUUUAGAUAACAAUCCUUUCUUUUUUUUUACCUAUGAUUACAAUAAAGAAUGGAGAUACCCUCCAAAUAUUCCACUUGUAUCAAAAUUUCAGAUGUUUAAGAUCUUAAUUCAACACUUUCAGACUUUUACAGACCACCGUUGGCAGCAUCCUCUCGAUUUAUGCAAGGGUUCCUGAGUCCAAACAUUUCACUACCUUCUGGGUGUUUGGGUUACAUGUUAGGGUAAAAAAAACAAACCUUUAUCCAGUAAAUGUUCUGUUUUCAGCUGUGAUCUAUAGUGAUUUGCCAUGUCUGCGAUUGCCUCUUACUCCUCACUAUCUGUAUUUCUCUUUUAAAGGUGUAUCCAGUCCACGGGUUCAUCCAUUACUUGUGGGAUAUUCUCCUUCCCAACAGGAAGCUGCAAGAGGACACCCACAGCAGAGCUGUCUAUAUUGCUCCUCCCCUAACUGCCACGCCCAGUCAUUCUCUUGCAGCUCUCGACAAGAAAGGAAGUAUCAAGAGAGAUGUGGUGACUUAGUGUAGUUUUUACCUUCAAUCAAAAGUUUGUUAUUUUUAAACGGUACCGGCGUUGUACUGUUUUUACUCUCAGGCAGAAAUUGGAAGAAGACUUCUGCCUGGAGGUUUGUUGAUCUUAGCGUUUUUUAACUAAGGUCCAUUGCUGUUCUCACACAUAACUGAAGAGUAUGGAAAGAAAACUUCAGUUGGGGGGACGGUCUGCAGAUUGCCUGCUUUGAGGUAUGUUCAGUAUAUUUUUUUUCUAGAGAGAUAAGGUCUAGAAAAUGCUGACAGUGCCUGGUAUAUUUAAGGUAAGCCUGAUGCAGUGAUUUAACAACAACUGGGAUCAUGCUUGCAAAAAGGGAUAAUAUUCAUGUUAAUAUCUAUAUUACUUAGUGUAAAAACGUUUGCAUGAUUUAGAAAUAAAAACGUUUUUUCUCUGAGGGUGAUAAAUCUUUAUUUGGGGCCUAGUUUCCACAUGGCUUGUUAGAUUACUCCUAGGAGUACUUUUUUAAGGCCCUCUGACUUUGAGUGCAUGGUGGGAGGGGCCUAUUUUCGUUUUCAGUCUGAGACAUCCAGCUUCCCUGAAUGAGUCCUCUGGCUUAUAGGACCUCUAUAGAGGGUUUUGUUCCUGCAAAAAUCAUUUUUAAGGGCAGGUAGGAGCCACAGCACAGCUGUGGCAGCUUGUUUAACUGUUUGUUAACAGGUUUAAUGUUUUUCUAAUUCGUUUUUGGGCCUGAGGGGUUAAUCAUCCAUUUGCAAGUGGGUGCAAUGCUGCUUUAGUCCCUUAUACACACUGUAAAAAAUUCGUAGAGUUUACUACUUUUUUUCCACUGUUUUGCAGUUUAUGUGGUAGUUUUUUUCUCUUAAAGGCACAGUACUGUUUUUUAUUAUUGCUUUUUUCACAUUUAUUAAAGUGUUUUCCAAGCUUGCUGGUCUCAUUACUAGUCUGUUAAACAUGUUUGACAUAGAGGAAACUCCUUGUUCAUUAUGUUUAGAAGCCAUUGUGGAACCCCCUCUUAGAAUGUGUACCAAAUGCACUGACCUUUCUAUAAGUUAUAAAGACCAUAUUAUGGCUUUUAAACCUAUAACUCCCGCUCAAGUGACGCCAAGUACAUCUAGCGCGUCCAAUGCGUUUACUUUACAAGACAUGGCGGCAGUUAUGAAUCACACCCUCACAGAGGUAUUGUCCAAACUGCCAGGGUUACAAGGAAAGCGGGACAGCUCUGGGGCUAGAACAAAUACAGAGCUCUCUGACGCUUUAGUAGCUAUGUCUGAUAUACCCUCACAAUGUGCAGAAGUUGAAGCAGGAGAGCUUCUAUCUGUGGGUGACUUCUCUGAUUCAGGGAAGGCGUUACUUCAGUCUGACUCUGCAUGUUGCUCAGGGAGGAUUUAGCGACUCUGGAUGACUGUGACACCAUUGUAGUCCCAGAGAAAUUGUGUAAAAUGGACACAUACUUUGCAGUGCCUGUUUACACUGAUGUUUUUCCAAUCCCUAAGAGGUUUUCAGAAAUUAUUACUAAGGAAUGGGAUAGACCAGGUGUGCCAUUCUCUUCCCCUCCUGCUUUUAAGAAAAUGUUUCCUAUAAAUGCCGCUACUCUGGACUUGUGGCAGACGGUCCCUAAGGUGGAGGGAGCAGUCUCUACCCUAGCUAAGCGUACAACUAUUCCUGUCGAGGACAGUUGUGCUUUCCUAGAUCCUAUGGAUAAGAAAUUAGAGGGUUUCCUUAAGAAAAUCUUUAUACAACAAGGUUUUAUUCUCCAGCCACUUGCAUGCAUUGCCCCAGUCACUGCUGCAGCGGCUUUACAGGUAGAGACCCCGUUGGAUGAUAUCCUUGACAGGCUUAAAGCUCUUAAAGGGACACUGUACCCAAAAUUUUUCUUUUGUGAUUCAGAUUGAGCAUGAAAUUUUAAGCAACUUUCUAAUUUACUCCUAUUAUCAAAUUUUCUUCAUUCUCUUGGUAUCUUUAUUUGAAAUGCAAGAACGUAAGUUUAGAUGCCGGCCCAUUUUUGGUGAACAACCUGGGUUGUCCUUGCUGAUUGGUGGAUAAAUUCAUCCACCAAUAAAAAAGUGCUGUCCAGAGUACUGAAACCAAGAAAAAGCUUAGAUGCCUUCUUUUUCAAAUAAUGAUUGCAAGAGAACGAAGAAAAAUUGAUAAUAGGAGUAAAUUAGAAAGUUGCUUAAAAUUGCAUGCUCUUUCUGAAUUACAAAAGGAAAAAUUUGGGUUCAGUGUCCCUUUAAGUUAGCCAAUUCACUUAUUUCUGAUGCCGUUUUUCAUUUAACCAAGCUAACGGCUAAAAAUUCAGGUUUUGCCAUUCAGGCACGUAGAGCGAUAUGGCUUAAAUCCUGGUCAGCUGAUGUCACUUCAAAGUCUAAACUUCUCAAGAUCCCCUUCAAAGGGCAGACCCUAUUUGGGCCUGGACUGAAGGAGAUCAUUUCUGAUAUUACUGGAGGAAAAGGCCACGCCCUUCCCCAGGAUAGGUCCAAAUUUUCGUUCCUUUCGAUACUUCAAGAGUGGCGCAGCUUCAUCUUCUUCUUCUACAAAACAAGAGGGAAAUUUUGCCCAGUCCAAGCCAGUCUGGAGACCGAACCAGGCUUGGAAAGAGGGGAAACAGGCCGAAACAGGCCAAAAAGCCUGCUGCUGCCUCUAAGACAGCAUGAAGGAGUAGCCCCCGAUCCGGGACCGGAUCUAGUGGGGGGCAGACUUUCUCUCUUCGCCCAGGCUUGGGCAAGAGACGUCCAGGAUCCCUGGGCUCUGGAGUUGUUUCCCAGGGAUAUCUUCUGGAUUUCAAAGCUUCAUCUCCAAAGGGGAGAUUUCAUCUCUCACAAUUAUCUGCAAACCAGAUAAAGAGAGAGGCAUUCUUACAUUGCGUUCAAGACCUACUAGUUAUGGGUGUGAUCCACCCAGUUCCAAAGGAGGAACAGGGGCAGGGCUUCUAUUCAAAUCUGUUUAUAGUUCCCAAGAAAGAGGGAACUUUCAGACCAAUCUUGGAUCUCAAGAUCCUAAACAAAUUUCUCAGGGUCCCAUCCUUCAAGAUGGAGACUAUUUGAACCAUCCUGCCUAUGAUCCAGGAGGGUCAAUAUAUGACUACCGUGUAUUUAAAGGAUGCUUAUCUACAUAUUCCGAUACACAGGGAUCAUCAUCAGUUUCUCAGGUUCGCCUUCCUAGACAGGCAUUACCAGUUUGUGGCUCUUCCCUUCAGGUUAGCCAUGGCACCAAGAAUCUUUACGAAGGUUCUAGGGUCUCUUCUGGUGGUUCUAAGACCGCGGGGUAUAGCAGUAGCCCCUUACCUAGACGACAUCCUGAUACAGGCGUCAACUUUUCAUAUCGCCAGGUACCAUACGGACAUUGUUCUGGCAUUCCUAAGGUCUCACGGGUGGAAGGUGAACGAAGGAAAGAGUUCUCUUUCACCUCUCACAAGAGUUUCCUUCCUAGGAACUCUGAUAGAUUCAGUAGAAAUGAAGAUUUAUCUGACAGAGGUCAGGUUGUCAAAACUUCUAACUUCCUGCCGUGCUCUUUAUUCCAUUUCUCGUCCGUCAGUGGCUCAGUGUAUGGAGGUAAUCAGAUUAAUGGUAGUGGCAAUGGACAUAGUUCCGUUUGCCCACCUACAUCUCAGACCACUGCAACUUUGCAUGCUCAAUCAGUGGAAUAGGGAUUACAUAGAUUUGUCCCCUCUACUAAAUCUGGAUCAAGAGACCAGGGAUUCUCUUCUCUGGUGGCUAUCUCGGGUCCAUCUGUCCAAGGGAAUGAGUUUCCGCAGGCCAGAAUGGACUAUAGUAACGACAGAUGCCAGCCUUCUGGGCUGGGGUGCAGUCUGGAACUCCCUGAAGGCUCAGGGUUCGUGGACUCAGGAGGAGGCCCUCCUUCCGAUAAACAUUCUGGAACUAAGAGCGAUAUUCAAUGCUCUUCAGGCUUGGCCUCAGCUAGCUGCGGUCAGGUUCAUCAGAUUUCAGUCGGACAACAUCAGGACUGUAGCCUAUAUCAACCAUCAGGGGGGAACAAGGAGCCCCCUGGCAAUGUUGGAGGUUUCAAAGAUAAUUCUAUGGGCAGAGGUUCACUCUUGCCAUCUCUCAGCUAUCCAUAUCCCAGGAGUAGAGAACUGGGAGGUGGAUUUUCUAAGUCGGCAGACUUUUCAUCCGGGGGAGUGGGAGCUCCAUCCGGAGGUAUUUGCCCAGUUGAUCCAACUUUGGGGCAAACCAGAACUGGAUCUCAUGGCGUCUCGUCAGAACGCCAAGCUUCCUUGUUACGGGUCCAGGGAUCACAAGGCAGCGCUGAUAGAUGCUCUAGCAGCGCCCUGGUCCUUCAGCCUGGCUUAUGUGUUUCCAUUGUUUUCUCUGCUCCCUCGUCUGAUUGCCAAGAUCAAGCAGGAGAGAGCUUCGGUGAUCUUGAUAGCCCCUGCGUGGCCACGCAGGACUUGGUAUGCAGAUCUGGUGGACAUAUCAUCCUUUCCACCAUGGACUCUGCCGCUAAGGCAGGACCUUCUACUUCAAGGUUCCUUCAAACAUCCAAAUCUAAUUUCUCUACGUCUGACUGCUUGGAGAUUGAAUGCUUGAUUCUACCAAAGCGUGGUUUUUCCGAAUCAGUCAUUGAUACCUUAAUUCAGGCUCGAAAGCCUGUCACCAGGAAAAUCUAUCAUAAGAUAUGGUUUAAAUAUCUUCAUUGGUGUGAAUCCAAGGGUUACUCAUGGAGUAAGGUCAGGAUUCCUAGAAUAUUAUCUUUUCUCCAAGAAGGAUUGUCAGCUAGUUCCUUAAAGGGACAGAUUUCUGCUCUGUCUAUUCUUUUGCACAAACGUCUGGCUGAGGUUCUAGACGUUCAGGCGUUUUGUCAGACUUUAGUUAGACUCAAGCCUGUGUUUAAACCUGUUGUUCCGCCAUGGAGUUUAAAUUUAGUUCUUAAAGUUCUUCAAGGGGUUCCCUUUGAACCUUUGCAUUCCAUAGAUAUUAAGCUUUUAUCUUGGAAAGUUCUAUUUUUAGUAGCUAUCUCCUCGGUUCGAAGAGUUUCGGAGUUAUCUGAUUUACAGUGUGAUUCCCCUUAUCUGAUUUUCCAUGCAGAUAAGGUAGUGUUACGUACCAAACCUGGGUUUCUGCCUAAGGUGGUAUCUAAUAAGAAUUUCAAUCAGGAGAUUGUUGUUCCUUCCCUAUGUCUUAAUCCUUUUUCAAAGAAGGAACGUCUAUUACACAAUCUUGAUGUGGUUAGUGCUUUAAAGUUUUAUUUACAAGCUACGAAAGAUUUUCGUCAAACAUCUGCUUUGUUUGUUGUCUACUCUGGACAGAGGAGAGGCCAAAAGGCUUCGGCAACUGCUCUUUCCUUUUGCCUAAGAAGCAUAAUUCGCUUAGCUUAUGAGACUGCUAGCCAGCAGCCUCCUGAAAGAAUUACAGCUCAUUAUACUAGAGCAGUAGCUUCCACAUGGGCUUUUAAACAUGAGGCCUCUGUUGAACAGAUUUGUAAGGCGGCGACUUGGUCUUCGCUUCAUACCUUUUCUAAAUUCUAUAAAUUUGAUACUUUUGCUUCUUCGGAGGCUUUUUUUGGGAGAAAGGUCUUACAGGCAGUGGUGCCUUCCAUUUAAGUUUCCUGCCUUGUCCCUCCCUUCAUCCGUGUCCUAAAGCUUUGGUAUUGGUAUCCCACAAGUAAUGGAUGAACCCGUGGACUGGAUACACCUUUACAAGAGAAAACUAAAUUUAUGCUUACCUGAUAAAUUUAUUUCUCUUGUGGUGUAUCCAGUCCACGGCCCUCCCUGUCAUUUUAAGGCAGGUGUUUUUUAUUUUUAAACUACAGUCACCACUGCACCCUAUAGUUUCUCCUUUUUUUCUUGCUUGUCUUUGUUCGAAUGAUUGGGGGUGGCAGUUAGGGGAGGAGCUAUAUAGACAGCUCUGCUGUGGGUGUCCUCUUGCAGCUUCCUUUUGGGAAGGAGAAUAUCCCACAAGUAAUGGAUGAACCCGUGGACUGGAUACACCACAAGAGAAAUAAAUUUAUCAGGUAAGCAUAAAUUUUGUUUUUGUACUUUUUAAAAAAAAAUUUUUUUUUAAAUUCAUUAACAUAUGUAAUGUUAAAGGGAACUGGCCAUAUAAUGCUUUAGUAAAAUCAUAUUUUACUUUUCUGCUUAUUAUAGGAGGAUGUGUUACUACCAGAACACAUUUAUAGUUGAUUUAUAAGCUAAUAUUAAAAUCUGUAAUUGCUGUGACUUCCAUGCAAGUACAAUGCAGAACAAGGACUCAUGCUAGGGUCAAAAGUUACACAAAGCCCUUGUACCAGAUGCCUUUACAUUAUAGGUUGAGUACACCAUAGCUGAAAAGGAUUCUGGACAAGAGCUUACAAUCAGUCGCAUGUAUGUACAAAAAGAAUAUGAUUGAGUCUGUGCUAGGCUUCCUUCAGUUGUGCACUGUUAUUGUCUCAAAUAUGUAUUUUAGUCUGUUGCUGUUUUAUUUUUUAUUGAAGACACUACUUCUGUUUCUUUUAACCAAUUUUAAGUUGUUCAAAUUAGAACACAAUCACUGGAUGUAUGUUGGUGAUGUUGGAGGAGCAAAGGAAUGCCUAUCUUAAACAUUCGUCUCCCAUCUGUCUUUAUAAAUGUUUUUUUGCUCUUCAGUAAAGUGAAUUUUGAGCCAUUGUAUGGCUGAAUAAAAUGCACUUGUUGGUUCUGUAGACCAACGGCUGGUAAUAAUACUUGGAAUUUAUUGCAGUGAAGACGAAUCAAAAUGUGGGGCAUUGAAAAGAACUGUGCUUACUUGAUUCUAUUUUCGUAGAACAAUCGUUCAGUAGCUCCCAUUAAACACUUCAGGAAAAGUUGGAUCUGCUACGUUUCGUUUUACAAUACGUUGAAAGCCCCUUUGGCUGUUACGGGAAUAAUAUAAUGAAAUCUUCAUUUUCUCUUAACUUUCCGUUUUCAUCUAGUUUUGGGGUUUGGGAGGGAAGAAACAAGAGUGUUAUAAAUACAUAUAUUUUUGGUGCAAGAUGAGACCUGUUUUUUGCAACAAGUUGUAGCAUAAAAGUUAAAACUAUUUUAAAAAUGAAUAAAAUAGAGUGAAUUAUUUAAAGAUUA